GGGAGGCCAUUGCGGCUUGAGAGUGUCUGAGAGCUCGGUAAGGGGGCGAAGCGCCUCGCCCGGGGGCUCCAGAGGAGAUCCUGAAAACUGCCAAAUCCUGAGAGAAAAACUACAUGACACUACACCAUGAGCGAGAAUAAAUGUGAUAGUCAGUUUUACAGUGUUCAAGUUGCGGAUUCAACGUUCACCGUACUAAAACGCUACCAGCAAUUGAAACCUAUUGGGUCUGGGGCUCAAGGCAUUGUUUGUGCUGCAUUUGAUACUGUCCUUGGAAUAAAUGUUGCUGUAAAAAAGCUGAGUCGCCCUUUUCAGAAUCAAACACAUGCAAAGCGAGCUUACAGAGAACUAGUGCUGCUAAAGUGUGUGAAUCACAAAAAUAUAAUUAGUCUAUUAAAUGUAUUUACACCACAGAAAUCAUUAGAAGAAUUUCAAGAUGUGUAUUUGGUUAUGGAAUUGAUGGAUGCUAACUUAUGCCAAGUUAUUCAUAUGGAGCUGGAUCAUGAAAGAAUGUCCUACCUUUUAUACCAGAUGUUAUGUGGGAUCAAACAUCUUCAUUCAGCUGGUAUCAUCCACAGAGAUUUAAAACCCAGCAAUAUAGUAGUAAAAUCAGAUUGUACUCUCAAAAUCCUUGACUUUGGACUUGCAAGAACAGCAUGCACUAAUUUCAUGAUGACCCCAUAUGUAGUAACGCGAUAUUAUAGAGCACCAGAGGUUAUUCUUGGCAUGGGAUACAAAGAGAAUGUUGAUAUCUGGUCAGUUGGUUGCAUCAUGGGAGAAUUGGUGAAAGGUUGUGUGAUAUUCCAAGGCACUGAUCAUAUUGAUCAAUGGAAUAAAGUUAUUGAACAGUUAGGUACACCAUCAGCAGACUUCAUGAAAAAACUACAGCCUACUGUGCGGAAUUAUGUAGAAAACAGGCCGAAAUAUCCAGGUAUCAAAUUUGAAGAACUCUUCCCAGACUGGAUAUUUCCAUCAGAGUCUGAUCGUGAUAAACUAAAAACAAGUCAAGCUAGAGAUUUACUGUCAAAAAUGCUAGUAGUAGAUCCAGAUAAACGAAUUUCAGUAGAUGAAGCUUUGCGACAUCCGUAUAUCACAGUUUGGUAUGACCCAGCUGAAGCGGAAGCACCACCACCCCAAAUCUAUGAUGCACAAUUGGAAGAAAGGGAACAUGCCAUUGAAGAAUGGAAAGAGUUAAUAUAUAAGGAAGUAAUGGAUUGGGAAGAAAGAAAUAAGAAUGGUUUGGUAAAAGAACAGCCUUCAGAUGCAGCAGUGAAUAGCAAUACCAGCCCUUCUCAGUCAUCAUCAGUCAACGACAUUUCAUCCAUGUCAACAGAACAAACAUUGGCUUCAGACACGGACAGCAGCCUUGAUGCUUUGACAGGAACACUUGAAGGAUGUCGGUGAUCAGCUUUGAAGAUUAAGAUUAGCAAAGAAUCUUUGCUUCUGUUGGGCCUAAAUUGCUUGUAAGUUCAUGGAGCCAAGUAGAAAACUUCAUGUUCCGCAUGUUCCUCUAAAAUAAUGCCUGUGAUUUUACUCAGUUGCAGUAAAACUGUCUGCUUAAUAUUGUAGAGUGAAAGCAACUUUGUAUCUCAAGGCAAAUGAAUAUAAGCAUUAAUAUAACCUAUUCUGUUUUGACCUAUAUCAGGUGAGCAGUUAAAAUAACACUUAAGAUCAAAUGAAUUCAUGGGCAUUCUCUCAGAUUUUUUAAAACACAUUUAUAGGAGACAGACAGA